AUGCCGCGUGUAGUUAUUGUUGGUGCUGGACUAUACGGCCUCAUUGCUGCCAAAACAUACCUCCAAGUGGUGGACCCUAAUUAUCCAAACAACCACCAGCAAUGCCAAAAUACCGACGAGGUCCCCGAAUCCUUCCAGAAACCGAAAUAUUCUCAAUCAACACAAGAUGAAACUGAGCUUCUUCUCCUAGAAUCUGGGUCAAGCCUUGGGGGAACAUGGGCCGAGGAGCGGCUUUAUCCAAAUCUACUGAGCCAAAACUCGGAGGGUCUGUACGAGUUCAGCGACAUGCCUCUGUCGGAGCAGGCCAUGGAACAAGUCGAGGGCGAAGAGCAGACAAAUCAAGACACUCCGGUGGAGGAUCGCUUCAUUCCAGGGUGGAAGUUGAGUCGAUAUCUCACAGCCUGGAGUCAUAAGUGGCACCUGCCUCAGUACAUGCGGUUCAAUUGGCAGGUGACCAAAAUCAGCCGCCUGCCAACUAAGGAAUGGGAGUUGGGAAUAGUCAUUCACCCAGAACAACCUUCGCAGACAAGAUCUAUAACUAUCAUCUGCGACAAACUUAUCCUGUCACCAGGACUGACAUCCGUGCCGAAUAUCUUGAAUUUCUCACCUGCAAGUGGCCAGCCCUCUGCCUCUGCAGACCAUGUCAUCCAUGCCAAAGAAGUCGGUCAAUGGUGCCGUGAUAAUUUGGGCUACCAGCCGAUACCGGAACAAGAUGCUCAAUCGGGGGAGGCAGGUUCAUCAAAUGAUAGCGCGAGACCAAGCCGUGUACCCCGGCGGGUUGCAAUCUACGGCGGUGCAAAAUCUUCCUUUGAUCUUGUCCACAUGUUUGCAACGCUUCACUCAAAAGACCCUAGUUUUCAUUUGAGGGGAUUAGACGAAACUGAUGCGAUUGAGCCGGUGCAGGUGCACUGGAUCAUUCGUGAUGGGGGUUCCGGACCUGCUUGGAUGUCCCCGCCUCGCUCCAAUAUGCCCAAUGGCCAGAGUAUAGCCAGUGACAAAGUCGCCAGUACGCGUUUUGUGGGCGUCCUCAGCCCGUGUACACCAUUGGUACCGAAACGUCUUACCCUUCGUCGCUCGUCUAAUUUCUUGGGUUGGAAGCUUACAACGGAGGGCUCAUGGCUAGCCCGUAUUCUUCACGGGAAUCCGAUAGGCCGAUAUUUUGUGCGAAGAUUCUGGAAGGCACUUGAUAAGUCGUGGGCAGAGUUCGCUGGAUACAGCAGUGCUCUUGAUGACGGGAAGAUGGAGCGGCUCCGUCCAACGAACAGUAUAAUCUACUGUGGAGCCCCAUUGGGAAUUGCCAACCAGCGUGGCUUCUGGGACGCUGUACGUGCACCAAAUGUACACAUUCACCGUUCCGUGAUCGAGUCGGUCUCUGGGGAUUUGUCUUCAAACGAUGGAGUCGUCAUCACUCUAGCUGAUGGUACAACUAUCCCUUUGACUAAUCUUCUUAUUCAAGCCACGGGAUGGAAGCCCACUGUUCCUAUAGAGUUUUCGCCUCCGUCACUGAUCCUUCAAUUGGGACUCUCAUGUCCAGUUCCGAGAACUAUCCUUACGAACACGGAUGUCGGCCAAGAUAUCAAGAUUGACGCCGAAAUAAAAAGGCUGAUUGAAUACUGGGAAAAUAUUGAUUCAGUGUCUGCAUCUCGCAUCCGGCGGGUUUUCGGGCCGAACAGUAAACCGCCAAAGGAUGUGGUCUUCAAUGACACGGCGCCAACAGAUGAUUUUGAAAACAGCCCAUAUCGACUAUUCCGUCGCAUGGUAGCUCCAGAACUUGUUGAAGAAGGCGACCGAUCUUUUGUUGCUCUGGGCUUUGUUCUCACAGCUACCACUGCUGUUGUGGCGGAAGUUCAGGCGCUAUGGGCAGCUGCCUUUCUCACGGGUGGUCUAGAUAAUACCAAGUGUUCCAAAAGUGCCGAUGAAAAUCACGAUGCCCUCAAUUUCAAUGGGCUGACUCGCAAUGAAAUAGACAGAGAUAUCUCAGAAGAUGUGGUCUGGGGAGGUUUGACUGGGGUUGGCCCUGGUGUGGAUACCCUCACUUACAAUGACAUGCUUCUCCGAGAUCUGGGUCUCUGUCCGUAUCGGAUGGGUGGCGGGUUUUUCAAUGAGCUUACAAGUGUCUAUACGCCAAAGGCGUACCGUGGAAUUGUAGAGGAGUGGAAGACGAAGCGAAGGUAG